UGAACAAAAAUAAUUGUACUGCGUGGGAUAUAUAUGUUUAUACUUUACAUUCUACAUUAACGGGGAAGGUGGCGAAGUAUUCAAUUGCAUAACAUGUACAAUUCAUUUAAUUUAUGAUGGAGUAUGUAUUGACAGACGAGGCAGAGGGCGGAGUAGGUAGUGACAGACGGGGUAGAGGGCGGAGUAUGUAGUGACAGACGGGGUAGAGGGCGGAGUAUGUAGUGACAGACGGGACAGAGGGCGGAGUAUGUAGUGACAGACGGGGUAGAGUUUUGAGUAUAUAGUGACAGACGAGCUAGGGGCAUGUUCAGAUAUAAUGUAGGCAAACUUAGAAUCUCCGUUAGGAAAUACGUACCUACGUCAGUACUAGUAACAGAUUUUUUUGAAGGAUGCAUUAAACACACACAGGCGCGAUUGUUUGCCUUACAAAGAAAGGAAAAGUACUUUUUCAUGCAUAUAAAAAGUAAUAUACAAAGUUUUUAAUAACCUGUCGUGUAUUUAACUUUGAUAAACUGGUAAUUAUAUAAAUAUAUGUUACACUUUGUAUGCAGGCACUUACAUGUACAUGUAUAUACUUACCGUAUGGGGUCAUUACCCCAUACGGUAACUAUAUACAUGUACAUGUGAAUACGUCAAUGUAUGAAAAUAACACAUUUAUUCGGAAAAUAAUCAUUUAGAUUGAAAGAGAGAAAAAAAUACAGGUAACCAUGUCUCGCCUGUCCCGCUUUGUCAAUAUAUUAUUAAUUUCUUUAGCAAACUAAAAAAAAACCUCCACAUAAUGGUAUGGAAAUACCCCGUAUACAUUAUAGACAUAUGUAAAUAAUUACGCAUUGCAAAACAAUUAUUUUUAAUCGCAUUUUACCCUGAAAAGUGACAUGGUAAUACAUGUGAUAUAUACCAUGAUUCAUUCCAAUUACUUACUUAAACAUGUUUUAUUGUCAAAAUUGAUUUGAAGAAAGGAUUGAGCACAAAUAAUUUCAACUUAUUGGAGUUCUCCCAUCAUCAAUUUAUAAUAAAAGGAACAUGAUAGCAAUGAAAUAGGCAUAAACAUGGAGUAUAUAUAUCUACUAGUAUAUGAUAAUAGUAUACAACUUAAAAAUUACCACUCUCAAAUUAUAUUGCUGGAUUUAAUAAAACUUUGCACACAUCCAAAUGUGAAAUAUGACGUCGCCGCCGGAAAAGUACACGUAACACUAUCAGUCUCGUCUCGUGACAGGCGAGACGAAAAAAGUGGCAUGUUUUAAUUGUAGAUAGUGUAUUGGCGCUAGGGGGUACCAGUAAGCCGAGGGUCGAGGGUUCGAUCCUCGGUGGAGGCACACUAUUCACUUUAACGCUUAACAUUACGUCCAGUACAAAAUGAACAAAGCUUUUCAAAAGUCACUAAAAUUCCUGAAAAUAACAUCAUGCGCAAACUUUGAAAUAUAAUCAUCUUUUCAUGUCACAAAAUAUUCCAGUGUGGGGAUAUCUUUUUGGUAUGUUACCAAAAUGGCAUUUGUGAUGUCAAUUCUUUGUACUGAAGUCAGCACUAUAGUCUACCUGUCAGUAGGUGCACUCAUGCAUGAGUGCACGUGUUGCAGGUAAAUUUCACCUUAACUACUAUUUUGGAUAGCAUACCACCACAUUUGAAUGGAACAGUUUGUGAACGAGGAAGACAACUCAAUUUUUACAUGGAAUUGUGUAUUCGAGGAUUCUGAAGAUGAUGCUCGUGUUAUUUUCAGGAAUUUGAGUGACAUUCAAAAAGUUGUGUUUGUGCAAUUUUGGACUGAACCUAAUGGCAGGGACGUGCAUAGCUAAUGAUAACGGCAGUCUAAAUACGAACUACAGCGAAACACUACCAACGCAGAUGAAUAACAUACCCAUCGAAAAUUGUUCGUCUUCAAACAUUACCAAUCGUUUUGGUGCUUGUAGACAUAAUUCCACAUCCGGUGUACUGUAUGACGUCAUAGAUUUUGACGCAUUUGCAUACAUCUUCGUCGUGCUUUCGUUCUAUGCUGUUAGCAUGGUGUUGCUUAUGAUAAAAUAUAUCAGGCGAGAGGAAGAGGAGGUUUGUCUCAAUUACUACUACACAGAGUUCGUAAAGAGGGAAAAAUUCCAAAAUCCUGUAUUCAAAAACAAAGUUGCACUUCAAAAUGCUACAACAUCCGGACUUAUCGAUAAAGCGCUUCAAUUGUUGCACGCUAGUGACGAGUGUCAGAUCGGGACGUACCAAUGUGUCUCAGAGGACAAAAGUGAAGAAAAGUCACCUGGGGAGUCUUCAGAUCUCAACAGCUCUGUAUCGUGUGAGUUACCGAUAGAUAUCAGCUCUAGUCCUCCGUCAGAGGCCAGAGUUUACAGUUCAGAAGACGACGAUGACAUUCUAUGUGUACCUUGUCCGGACGAUAAUCUAUUAGAAACAAUUGUGUGAUAUAUGUGUUACACAACAUACAUAAUUAUUGUUUAUGAUACCUUUCCCUCUAAUUCCUUUAUCGAUUUGUUGUGAUUGUCUACAAUAUUUUUAUAUACAUCUGUGAUAGUGUUGAUUGGUGUAAUUUAAUAAUCUUCAUUACUAAAAGGAUUUUGAGAUAAAGUCUAUUAAAAUGACUAGUUUGUUCAAUAUCUCCCCCAAACACGCCAGUUUGUCUAAAAUUGUUGUAUUCAAGUUUCAUGUUUUAUUGUAUUAGGCCAUUGACAUUUCAGUAUACAAUGCUUAUACAUCGAGGGCAUUGUUAAUAUUACAAGUCCUUUUCCAUUAUGGAAGCAUUAAUUUGUUCGCUUAAAAAUAAUUUUCCUAUGAGAUACCAAUCCUAAAUACAUAUACUUUGAACUCUCAAUAACUGAACAGCCUUUUACAUAGGUGUUUUCCCCCAAUAAUAAUUUUUAAUAAAACGGGAUUUGAGGUAUUGACUUUAAUGACAUAUCAAUGAAAAGAACAAUAAGGAGAAUUAGGAAAUGUAUAUUUGUAUGUGUAACAAAAAUCAUUACUUUAUCGAGAGUAGUAACAAAUUUUGCUGAGCGAUACUACAGGGAUCUAACCACAGACCACUGAGACUUAGAUUAAACAACAUGUGUAAAAAAAAAACAACAAAAAAACAACAAAAAAGGAAGCGAAUAUACCACAUUUUCAUAUCUUAAAUCUUAAACCAACACUUUAGCAUUUCAAUUUCUCAUCCGACAAUUUUCCGCCCUAUUUAAUAUCUAUCCCCUAUCUAGCAGGUCUACAACCAACACGGGUAUCAGGUGUUAUAUCGUAUGUAUCUGGCCAUUUCAAAAAUCUGUUUGUGAGCAAUUUUCUUUAACAGCUUGAUAUACUAAUAUUCAGUUUUUUAAGAUCCUCUUCUUAUGAACAGGUGUAAUUACACAGCAGUUCAACCAAGAGGAUAAAUACUAGACUCAAGUAUAAUGUUGACAAAUUUACACAAUAUAUAUAUACAUGUAUAUAAAUAAAAUUUACUCUUUUAUCGUAUAAUUCCUUUUCCUCUCCACAAGUAGAGUAUGCUUACAUAUAUAGGUACAUUCUUGGCCUUAUUGAAGUUAUACAAAGCAGACUUAUAAGAAUUGUGUAGGUUUUAUUCAAUUCCAUAUCAAACCAUGUUUUAUCAGUAUUGUAACUAGGUCCAUCUCGGCAUGUAGUGUUGCAGUCAUUUAGAUGCAACAGUGAUGGCUCAAUGGAUUUCAAUAAUAUUUCGGUAAAAGUAUUCGUACUAUUUUAAACAUCAAAUUGAUUAACAAUGUCGUGAACAGUUACAUAGGGCAUUCUAAUUAUCUGUCAUCAAAUUAAAAAAAAAAAAAAAAAAAAUGAUCUCAUCAUUACGUUUGUACAAUGGUUUGCGCUCACCACAUUCACAACUGUAUGUGGAUUCUUACAUUUCAUCUGGAUGUGUAAAAGGGGCAUUCCUUGUUUACCUCUUCCAUUACACAUAUUAACUUUGUUUUGUAAACACAUUUUUGCUUGCGUGUUUCGGAUACACAGACUGGGCUCCGCCCACAUUUCCUUAUUUGGUAUUACAUACGGUUCAGCGGUUAAAGGUCAAACCUGAUUGGCCAUUAGUGACAACAUCCCCAUAAAAAAACUGUUGCCGUCAUUUAAAUUUUGAUUAGUUAACUUUUGGACAUAAUUAGCUUAAGUGACUUUUAAAAAACGAAAACCUCCCUCUCUCCGUCUGCGCAAUUUAUAUAUUUUCAAAUAAAAUUCACUGCUUGCUUUGGCGUAUGCCGCUCACCAUUGCUUUUUAUAUGUGUAUUUAUGUGUUUUUAUGUUCCUUUUAAUAAAAUAAUACUUACGGCCACCCACAGAGGUGAGCCCAAAUAUUUUGCAAUAA